AUGGCUCCCCUCAAGCUCAACACCAAGAACCUGUCGCAGAUCUCGACGGCAGGCGAGUCCCAGGUCAAGGUCCCGACCUACCAGCGCGGUAAUGCCGUGAAGGAGGGCAUCGUCCAUGUCGGCGUGGGCGGAUUCCACCGGGCUCACCUGGCCGUGUACGUCGACCAGCUGAUGCAGAAGCACGGCAUCACCGACUACGCCAUUUGCGGCGUGGGUUUGCAACCGUUCGAUGCCGGCAUGCGCGAUGUCCUGAACUCCCAGGACCAUCUGUACACGGUCAUUGAGCGUUCGGCCAAGGGCAGCUUCGCCAACGUCGUCGGCAGCAUCAACUCCUACCUCUUCGCCCCGGACAACCGGGAGGCCGUCAUUGCGAAGAUGGCCCACCCGGACACGCACAUCGUCUCGCUCACCAUCACCGAGAGCGGCUACUACUACAACGAGAACACCCACGAGCUGCAGAGCGAGCACCCAGACAUCCAGUUCGACCUGGACCCGGCCAACGAGGCCGCCCCCCGCACCACCUUCGGCUUCCUCUACGCCGCCAUGGCCCGGCGCCACCAGCAGGGCCUGAAGCCCUUCACCACCAUGUCCUGUGACAACAUGCAGAAGAACGGCGCCAUCACGCGCCACAUGCUCGUGUCGUUCGCUAAGCUCAAGAACCCCGACCUCGCCAAGUGGAUCGACGAGCAGGGCCACUUCCCCAACGCCAUGGUCGACCGCAUCACGCCCCAGACCUCCGCCGACGACAAGACCGCCCUCGCCGAGAAGUUCGGCAUCGAGGACGCCUGGCCCGUCGUCACCGAGCCCUUCAUGCAGUGGGUCAUCGAGGACCACUUCUCCGACGGCCGACCCCCCUUCGACCUGGUCGGCGUGCAGCUCGUCAAGAACGUGCACAACGUCGAGGAGUUCGAGAAGCACAAGCUCCGACUGCUGAACGGCAGCCACUCCGCCAUCGGAUACCCCGGCCAGCUGGCUGGCUUCCAAUACGUGCACGAAGUCAUGGAACACCCGCUGUUCAACAAGCUCGUGUGGCAGAUGAUGCAGGAGGAAGUGAAGCCGCUGCUGCCCGAGAUCCCGGGCGUCAACAUCGACGAGUACUGCAAGACGCUGAUGGCGCGGUUCUCCAACCCCACCAUCAAAGACCAGCUGCCUCGUAUCUGUCUGAACGCCUCCGGCAAGAUCCCCCAGUUCAUCAUGCCCUCCAUCGCCGAGGCCAUCUGGGUGACGGGUCCCUUCCGUCGGCUGUGCUUCGUCGCCGCCGCCUGGUUCCACUACAUCAACGGGGUCGACGACAACGGCAAGAAGUUCGAAGUCGAUGACCCCAUGCGUGAGGAGCUCCAGGCGAAGGCUCGUGCUGGAGGUACCGAUCCUUCGUCGGUUCUCAGCAUCAAGAGCCUGUUCGGUGAUGACCUGCGCAACGACGAGCGGUUCAUGAAGGAGAUCACGAAGGCUCUGGAGGAGAUUUCCCGGGAUGGAGUCCUCAAGACUCUUCCCAAGUAUGUUGAUUAA